AGCGUACAUGCUGUUCCUCAAGCUCCACAGAGAGCAAUGAUCAUCCACGAUCGACUUCUUACUUGUUACGAUCCUUCGGCUUCUUGCACCAACCAACCACGCCAACAACAAUCUCGACUACAGGUACUGCAAUGUUUCCACGCACCAUCCGGCGGAGCUUCGUCUCCCAGCGACAACAACUUGUGAUACGCCAAUUCCAAACCUCACCACUACGAUCCCUGGCGUCGAAGGCUGGACAAGACAAAGAUAGCAUUGACACGACAUCGAACGAGUACAGCAAAUCCGGCGGAGAUAAUCAAGCUGCUCAAGAAUCAGCGGCGUUUGAUCCGAGCAAAACGAGCCCGGAGAGUGAAAGUCAGAGUGCGGCAGAGGAGAGCGGGGGUGAAAAGAAUAGCCCUCUGAAUGCGAGUCCGGCGAACCACGAGAUCAGUCACACCAAUACAGAGGCGCAGAAGGGAAAAGCACAGGGUAGCGAAGACCAGACCGGGGGUGGGAGCGAGAGGCAGAGGACUAGUGGACGAGGAAGUCCCACCAAGAGCGGGGGCGGACAGUCUGGUGGAGGAACCGCAGGAUAAAUGAGACAAUGAGGGACAAGAGGAGUGAUAGCUGUGAAAGGAAUAUGAAGGCACAACAGUGCAAACUGCGAAGACAAGACUGGCUGAAAGGAAUACAGCCAAAACAGAAAUGGCUGGCACUACAGUAGUAGUUAAUUAUCCAUGAGAACCUGGAAAAAUUGCC